UCAGGUCGUUCGCCCUAUACGCCGCGCUGGCAGUCCUCAUGGACUUCAUGCUGCAGAUGACCGCGUUCGUGGCUCUGCUCUCGCUGGACGCCCGUCGCCAGGAUGCGUCGCACUGCGAGGUGGCCUGCUGCAUCACCGUGUCCGAGCCGCGGCCUAAGAAGCCCAACCAGGGCAUCCUGCUCCCCCUCAUGAAGAAGUACUACGCCCCUGCGCUGCUGCACCCGGUCACCAGGAUAGUGGUGAUGGUGGUGUUCUUGUUUAUGUUCUGCGCCAGUAUAUUCCUCAUGUUCCAUGUGAAAGUGGGCCUUGACCAAGAGCUGUCCAUGCCAACGAACUCCUACAUGCUGGAAUACUUCAAAUACCUGUACAAGUACCUGGAGGUCGGCGUGCCAACAUACUUUGUGACGACAAAGGGUUUCAACUUCACCAGUAAAACGGGCAUGAAUGCCGUGUGCUCGAGUGUGGGCUGCGAUCCUUUCUCCAUGACUCAGAAGAUCCAGUAUGCCACAGAGUUUCCUGACAGAUCCUACCUCGCCAUCCCAGCAUCCUCGUGGGUGGAUGACUUCAUUGACUGGCUCAAUCCUGGUUCUAAAUGUUGUCGUCUCUACACCAGUGGACCUAACAAAAACAAAUUCUGUCCGGCUUCAGAGACUCAGGACAUCUGCAAGCGCAAGUGUAUUUUGUUCCCACCACUCGACGGCGUGCUAAGACCCACCGUGAGCCAGUUCGACCGCUACCUGCCCGACUUCCUCAACAACCGGCCUGACCUACAGUGCCCCAAAGGCGGGUUGGGAGCGUAUGACAAAGCAGUAGUCAGAGACGCUGAUGGAGAAAUCAUAGCAACUCGGUUUAUGGCGUACCACACCACGGUGACCAACUCCCAGGAGUUCACAGCAUCGCUGGAGAGAGCGCGAGAGCUCGCCCUCAACAUCACCAACACCAUGCGCCAAAUCCCCGGCACGUCGCCCGACUUCGAGGUCUUCCCUUACACGGUGACAUACGUGUUCUACGAGCAGUACCUGACCAUCGUGUCCGAGGGCCUGUUCAACAUCUCGCUGUGCCUGCUGCCCACCUUCGUGGUGUGCUGCAUCCUGCUGGGGCUGGACCUGCGCUCGGGCCUGCUCAACCUGCUCACCAUCGUCAUGAUCACCGUGGACACCGUGGGCGUCAUGACGCUGUGGGGCAUCGACUUCAACGCAGUGUCACUCAUCAACCUCGUCACGGCCGUGGGCAUCUCAGUGGAGUUCGUCUCUCACCUGACGCGCUCCUUCGCCCUCAGCAUCCGGCCCACGCACGUGGAGAGGGCCAAGGAGGCCACCGCCAACAUGGGCAGCGCUGUGUUUGCCGGUGUUGCCAUGACCAACCUGCCGGGGAUCGUGGUGCUGGCGUUUGCCAAGGCUCAGCUCAUCCAGAUCUUCUUCUUCAGGCUCAACCUCGUCAUCACCCUCCUGGGGCUGGUGCACGGCCUCAUAUUUCUGCCUGUACUCCUCAGUUUCUUUGGGCCUGGUGUGAACAAGGCAGUGUUGCUGCAGCUCCAGACCAAGAAAGCCAUGGAAAUGGAGGACUACAACAGCAAGAUGCACGAGAACAUGGGCUACGUGGAGGACCACGACAAAACAAACCACACACAGACCUCCUGGCAGCCAGACACCGCAACAGAGCCAGAACAGGAGCCUAACGACAACAAGACCAAGCUUUAAAUGGACAACUCUGCUACUCCCCUUCCUCCCCAAUCCUCCAGCUGGGGUCCCCAGUCACAUAUACCUCCAUACUCUCCAUUGACUGGGCCUGCUCAGGGAAGCGAGAAGGAGAGAAGGGUCUGUGUGUGUGUGUGUGUGUGUGUGUGUGUGUGUGUGUGUGUGUGUGUGUGUGUGUGUGUGUGUGUGUGUGUGUGUGUGUGUGUGUGUGUGUGUGUGUGUGUGUGUGUGUGUGUGUGUGUGUGGUAACGAAUGACUGAGGCCAAACACACACCAGUGCAAUAAAAGUAUCUGAAUCACUAUUGAAGCCUGGACCCUGGGCUGAAGGUCCCAGCUCUUAUCACUUCCCUGUGUCAAGCCACUCACAGUUUAUCAGAUGCAGGCACACUGGCAGCAGACUUAGGACUUACCACAGGAGUGCACUUCACUAAUAAUGUGGAGUCUGGUGAGAUGACCAACACAGAAACGGACUAACUCAGCCACUUUUGGACAGCAAAAUUAGCUUCCUUCCGUGAAAGCUGCCAGCACAGUGUCAUAACAGUUACAUGACCAGAGGCCAGACAGCCUGGUAUCCGUAGGGGUAAAGGCUACUUCAGUGUUGUCGGUCUGUUCUGCUGAUCUUGCCUCGAGUCUGAUAGUACCCUGUCACUAGAUGGCAGCAGUGAGACUAAGCUAUGAAUGAAGCACUGGAAUGAGCAAAUUCAGAGCUAAACAGCUCAUGUGUAAAAUGAUAGAAGAAAUGCAUUAAAUAUAGGUAGAGAUUCGUAUAUAUUCAGUCUGUCAUUUGUAAAUUUGAUGUACAUGUUUAUUUAACUUAAUUUUUUUAUUGUGUACUAAUGUGCAUGUAAUAUAUCAUGUGGUUCCACUGCAAAUACGAGGAGCUGAACUUGCACUCUGAAAUGUCCAUGUAGCACUUGACAUGGACAUAGCACUUUCCAUCCUUAACUUCUCUGUUGUGGCAUUUCAGAUGUUAUGGACAGAGCAAGCUUUCAGUGGUGAGGCGAGUGUUUAAGGGACAUUUGAGAGUUCAGGCCCAGUUACCUAUCUGUCACACUCCAAAUGUAUAAGUGUACCCAUCAGGUGGCUAGAAACAAAUGUAUGCAGUAAGUGUACCCAUCAGGUGGCUAGAAACAAAUGUAUGCAGUAAGUGUACCCAUCAGGUGGCUAGAGGACUAGUUGAAUUACUUGAGUGUUUGAUAUUAUUUUAUAUCACUAUUCGUCAUUUCAUGUUAAGCCAAAUCAAUGAAGUAAUAAAGUGUCAUUGUAUUUUUGGAA